GCGCUGAUUUUGUAUCCAGCGGUGUACGCGUUAAUCAUGUGUGCCCGUUAUAAUCCUGAGUAUCCACCUAACUAUUCAGAAGCCACAUACUAUCCUAACUAUCCUGUCUACGGUCAAGAAAAUGCUUCUCCACCACAGCAAUCAAAUGGUGGCCCAGGUGCAACUUAUGGAGCAUUUGUUCAGAACCCUUUUAUUCCUGAUUUAGCUGUUCGCUAUGGAGCAGCAGUGUUCGAUGAGGGUGCGAACUUUGUGCAGAAGAAUGUUGACCAAUAUGUUAAUCUCAUGCGUUUAAAGUAUUACUUCUCCGUCAAUAAUUCGUAUGUUGCCAGGAAAAUCGGACUGAUCUUGUUCCCAUUUGCACAUACAAAAUGGGCUGCGAAUUAUGACCCUGCAGGACCUGUUCCUCCGGGUGACGAUAUAAAUGCUCCUGAUUUGUAUAUACCGUUAAUGGCCUCUAUUACGUACAUACUUUUAUGCGGUGUUAUAUUUGGUUCUCAAGGCCGUUUUUCCCCUGAAUAUCUUGGGAUCUUGUCGAGUGAAGCUUUUGGCUGGUUACUAAUUGAAGUUUUAUUGGCUCUUUUUGGAAUCUACAUUCUUAACAUCCAGUCGAAUAUUUCCUAUCUAGAUAUAGUUGCGUACUGUGGGUAUAAAUUUGUCAGCAUGAUUAUUGUUCUAGUCAGUUAUAUUGGAUUGGAUCGACCAGGCUAUUAUUUCAGUUUGUUGUAUGUCAGUUUGGCACUAGGAUUCUUCCUUAUAAGAAGCCUCAAACUGAAAAUUCUUCCACAUGCUGAAGCAUAUCCAUCAGAGUGUAACAAACGUCGAAUAUAUUUACUAUUGUUUAUUGCAUUAAUCCAACCAUUGGUGAUGUGGUGGUUAACACGUCGUGUUGUACUGUAAAAAUGCAUACUAAUUCAUUCUGUUUUCUAUUGUAGUCUGCAUUAACUACUCAAAGAAUAGACAACUAAACUUUUGAUUGUAUUUCUACUCUUCUUAACUUUUGUGGCAAACAAAAUAUCACCUAAGAGGAGAAGAGAUGCUGCAUAAAUAUCUGUUUAUCUACACGAACUUGUAGAGAGACGUUUUCAUGUACAAUUUGACUUGUGUAUGAAAAAAUGUAUUAAAGAUUACAUGAGAUUAUUUGCUUGAUGAAAAUACAGCGUGCAAUUUCCUAUCUCUCUGUAUUUCACAGGUUUUUCUCCCUUUUUUUGGCUUAUCAUUGACCUUUGUUUCUGGAUAUACAUUCAAAUGCAAGAUAUUGCUUUCAUUGUCUGUUUGACUUCUAUUGUUCUGUUUAUAUCAAUGUACUAAUCAGUUUGUCGAUAUAAUGCAUUGCUUUUACUUGGUAA